AUGGUAACACUGCAAGCAAGAGCAUGCAUGUUCCGGUACAGUGGAAUAUCAUUUGUCUACCUCAUCUACCUCUUGCUUAUUCCUUUAUUUUCAGAGCCCACCAAGAUAACAAUGCAAGGACAUACAGGACGGUUAUUGAAAUCCUUAUGUUUCAGCAGUCUUUCAUUCCUUUUGCUGCACAUCAUCUUCCAAAUAACAGUAAACAGCCUCGAGGCCAGAAAAAACAUCAACCCUCAGUAUAACUGUACAACAUGGGAGAAAACAUUUCGACAGUUGGGCUUUCAAAGCCUCAAGGGAGCAGAUGCUGGCAAUGGAAUACGAGUGUUUGUACCAGAUAUUGGAAUGUUUAUUGCCAGUUUUGCCACCUGGCUCUUUUGCAAAAAACUUGCCCAGAAAACAGUGACUGAAGAGGAUGCACAAUACAACACUCAGUUUGUAAAUGAAGAAUUGACAGAAGCAGGGAAAAUGGACAUGGAUGAUGCAUUAAUGUGUGAAGAUUUUGAUGGAGAAGAUGAUGUUAAUGAAGGGGCAGAAGAAAGCACAAGGUUAAAAAUUCUUCGCAAAGUUGCCUCAUUUGCCUCAAAGCUUAAAGAAUUUAUUGGCAACAUUAUAGCCACCGCUGGAAAAGUAGUUGUUAUAAUUUUACUUGGUAUAACAGGCAUGAUGUUGCCUUCUUUGACCUCAGCUGUGUAUUUCUUUGUAUUUUUGGGGUUAUGCACAUGGUGGUCCUGUUGCCGAGUAUUUGAUCCGCUGAUAUUCAGCUGUCUAUGUGUAUUAAUGGCCAUAUUCAGUGCAGGGCACUUGAUUGGACUUUAUCUUUACCAGUUGCAGUUUUUUCAGGAGAUUAUUCCACCUAAUGAUUUUUAUGCCAGGUUAUUUGGUAUCACUUCAUUAGUUCAAACUGAUUGUUCAAGCACAUGGAAAUUCAUAGCAACUCUCCAACGAAAUUGGUACCACUAUACAAAUCCUGUUGUCCUUUUAGUACUGUAUUACACACUGGCAACUCUCAUACGUCUUUGGCUGCAGGAGCCUGUAAACAAUAAAGAGGAUGAAGAAGGGGAAAACGAAGGAGAGUACAGCCCAGCACCUCUAACUGCAGAAAGAAGACGCAGUCUGUGGUAUGCCACCCACUAUCCCACGGAUGAAAGAAAACUUCUUUCCAUGACCCAAGAUGAAUACAAGUCAAAUGAUGUACUGCUUGUAACAGUUAAUGGGACUCCAGUUGAUUACCAUUCAAUAAAUACAUCACUUCCUAUAGAGAAUGGACCAACUAAAAUAGACAUGUACUCCACACCACAAUACAAGUGGGAGCACAAUGAUGAAAUCUCAGAAAAGAAAGAAGAGGAAGAAGAAGAAGAGCUAGAGUUGGAAGUUUCUGAAAAAAAAGAAAGUACCAAGCUUCACGUCAUGGUUGUUGCAUUACAGUUCAUCAUGAAGCAAAGCUAUAUAUGUGCUCUCAUUUCUAUGAUGGCAUGGAGCAUCACAUAUCACAGUUGGUUAACCUUUGUGUUACUCAUUUGGUCAUGUGCCCUCUGGAUGAUUCGUGAUAGGAGGAAAUAUGCCAUGAUUAGUUCACCUUUUAUGGUCAUCUACGGCAAUAUAUUAUUAACAUUACAGUAUAUAUGGAGCAUAGACUUGAAAGAUGAACUUGGUGAAGUUUCAGGUCUUCUUGAAAGAAAGAAACCAGAAGAGCUGGCAUCAAAGAUACUUUUUAACGUUACAUUUUGGCUUUUGCUGAGACAACACCUUACUGAGCAAAAACAGUUGAAGGAGAAAGAAGCGACUUUAUCAGAAAUUAAAGUUGGAAGCCAAGACAAAGAGGAUGAAGUGCAAAAAAGUGAAGAUGAAGAAGAUGAUGAUAAUGAUAUCAUGAAGGUGCUAGGAAACAUGGUGAUGGCAAUGUUUGUUAAGUACUGGAUUUACGUUUGUGGAGGAAUGUUCUUCUUUGUGAGUUUUGAAGGAAAAAUAGUCAUGUACAAAAUCAUCUACAUGAUGCUCUUCCUUUUCUGUGUGGCGUUGUAUCAGGUUCACUAUGAAUGGUGGAGGAGGAUUUUGAAAUACUUCUGGAUGUCUGUGGUAGUUUACACCAUGUUGGUGCUUGUCUUAAUUUAUACAUACCAGUUUAAAGCCUUCCCACCAAUUUGGAUGAACAUGACAGGAUUAAAUAAAGAGAAGCUGGCAGAUCUUGGUUUGGAAACAUUCAGUUUGGGUGACUUGUUUACUCGUAUAUUUAUCCCAACCUCUUUUUUGUUGGUGUGCAUAUUACACCUCCAUUACUUUCACGACCAUUUCCUUCAACUUACAGACCUUAAGGCUGUAACCAGCAAACAGGACAACACAAUUUACAGCCAUGCCAAAGUUAAUGGCCGUGUUUACCUAAUAAUAAAUAGCGUCAAGAAAAAAAUUCCAAUUCACCAAAAUGAAUUGGUACACCCAGAAGGAAGUUUGCCUGAUAUAACCAUGAUGAACUUAACUACAGAGUCUGAAAUGCUAGACAAAGAAGAGAAACAGGUUGACAUAUAUGCACAAGAGAAAGAACAUGAUCGGGAUUCAGGGGAUGAGUGGGAGAAAGGAGAUGAUAAGGGGGGAGGAGAAAGAGGACAAGAUACUGAUGAGGAGGAGCCAGAGACAGAAGAAUCUGAAGAAGAGGAGGAAACAACAACAGAUUCCAGAAAUAAAUGGCAUUUGGUUAUUGACCGUUUAACAGUUCUUUUCCUAAAAUUUUUGGAAUAUUUCCAUAAAAUGCAAGUCUUUGCGUGGUGGGUCCUGGAACUUCACAUAAUAAAAAUUGUUUCUUCAUACAUCAUAUGGGUGACUGUAAGAGAGGUUUCCCUUCUCAAUUAUGUAUUUUUAACUGCCUGGGCCUUUGCCUUGCCCUAUUCCCAAUUCCGGCCAUUGGCAUCCAGUGUUUGUACUGUUUGGACGUGUGUCAUCAUUGUAUGCAAAAUGUUGUAUCAACUUUCAACUAUUGAACCACGGACCUUCUCUAGCAAUUGCACAGAGCCUUCAGCCAAUCAGACAAAUAUUGUUAACAAAACAGAACUUGGGCACUCGCUUCUGUACAGUGGUCCAAUUGAUCCAUCUGUGUGGGUUGGAUUAAAGAAGUCAACACCACUUCUUGUCUAUUUACGGAAUAACUUACUUAUGCUGUUUAUAUUAGCCUUUGAAGUAACUAUAUACAGACAUCAAGAGUAUUACAGGUGUCGAAAUAAUCUGACAGCACCAGUCACAAGAACAAUUUUUCAUGCUAUAACAAGGCAGCACCUGGAUGACGGAGUAAUCAAUUGUGCCAAGUAUUUCAUAAAUUACUUUUUCUAUAAAUUUGGGAUGGAGACCUGCUUCCUACUGUCUGUUAAUGUAAUUGGCCAAAGGAUGGAUUUCUUUGCCAUGAUCCAUGCAUUUUGGCUAUUUGCUAUACUGUAUAAACGAAGGAGAAAAGCAAUUGCUGAAAUCUGGCACCGAUAUUGCUGUUUUCUUGCCUGUGUUAUUACAUUUCAGUAUUUCUUUUGUAUUGGCAUUCCUCCUGCUCCAUGUAAAGACUAUCCUUGGAGACACCACGGAGCCAAAUUUAACUCCAACAUUAUAAAAUGGCUCUACUUUCCAGACUUUAUUGUGAGACCUAACCCUCUAUUUCUUGUCUAUGAUUUCAUGCUGUUGAUUUGUGCAGCUCUUCAGCGGCAAGUGUUUGAAGAUGAAAAUAAGGCAGCAGUUCGAAUUAUGGCCGGGGACAAUGUGGAAAUCUGUAUGAACCUUGAUGCUGCAUCCUUUAGCCAACAUAAUCCUGUCCCUGAUUUCCUCCAUUGCAGAUCCUAUUUGGAUAUGGCGAAAGUUAUCAUGUUCAGUUAUCUCUUCUGGUUUGUUCUCACCAUCAUAUUCAUUACGGGCACAACUCGAAUCAGUAUAUUCUGCAUGGGCUAUUUAGUGGCAUGUUUCUACUUCCUCUUGUUUGGAGGAGAUUUACUCCUUAAACCUAUACGAAGCAUUCUACGCUACUGGGACUGGCUAAUCGCAUACAAUGUCUUUGUUAUAACAAUGAAAAAUAUAUUAUCGAUAGGAGCCUGUGGUUAUAUAGACUCCCUGAUUGAAAACAGUUGCUGGCUAAUUCAGGCAUUCAGUCUGGCAUGUACUGUGAAAGGUUAUAACAUCCCUACGGACCAAAAAAAUUGUCAGUUGCCAAGUGGUGAAGCCGGUAUAAUCUGGGACAGUAUCUGUUUUGCUUUUCUGCUAUUGCAAAGAAGAGUGUUUAUGAGUUAUUACUUCCUACAUGUUGUGGCAGACAUCAAAUCUUCUCAAAUACUUGCAUCAAGAGGUGCAGAACUCUUUCAGGCAACAAUCGUCAAAGCUGUAAAGGCAAGACUUGAAGAGGAAAAAAAAUCUAUGGACCAGCUAAAGAGGCAGAUGGACCGUAUUAAAGCCAGGCAAGAAAAAUAUAAAAAAGGUAAAGAAAGAAUGCUGAGUCUGGCUCAGGAAUCAGGAGAAGGUCAAGUAAUCCAUAAGCAGGAAGACGACGAUGAUGAAGGUGAUUAUGCAGACAAAAAGAAAGUCAAGGGCAAAAAAAAGCAGUGGUGGCGGCCUUGGGUUGAUCAUGCUUCCAUGGUCAGAAGCGGUGAUUAUUAUUUAUUUGAGACGGACAGUGAAGAGGAAGAAGAUGAUGAUAAUAAAGAUGACGAUGAACCAAGAAGGAAAUCAGCUUUCCAGAGAGCUAUUGGAAAAUUUGCUUCAGCCCUUUUAGCCUUGCCAAAGUCUGUCAUUAAACUGCCUAAAACAAUUCUUCAAUAUUUAAUCAGAGCUGCAAAGUUUGUUUAUCAAGCCUGGAUCACAGAUCCCAAAACUGCCCUGAAACAAAGACGUAAGGAAAGCAAAGAAGAAAAACAGAAGGAAAUGAGACGCAAGGGAAUUGCAGAAGGUCACAUUAUUAUAGAAUGUGAAGAUAAAGAAGAGGAACAUGGGAAAAAAAAGUCGGAUGGCCCAGAUAACAUCAUCAAAAGAAUAUUCAACAUUUUGAAGUUUACAUGGGUCCUUUUCCUUGCCUCACUUGAUAGCUUUACUACCUGGCUCAACUCAAUUUCACGUGAGCACAUAGAUAUCUCCACAGUUCUAAGGAUAGAGCGCUGUAUGCUGACAAGGGAAAUUAAAAAGGGCAUUGUUCCAACUCGGGAAAGCAUUCACAUGUAUUAUCAAAACCACAUCAUGAUGACACUUUCAAGGGAGUCAGGACUAGACAGAAUCGAUGAAGAGCCUGGUUCAUCAUCAUUACAUGCAAACAAUGGCAAAAUUUCCAGUAGAAGAAUGGACAGUGCAGAUUCUGCUGCUUCUCAUGACAGCAUGUCCAGCUGCAACACUGAAGCAACCAUGCUGUUCUCAAGGCAAUCUACGCUUGAUGAUUUAGAUGGACCAGACUCUAUACCAAAAACAAGUGAGCGUGCGCGACCUAGGCUUCGUAAAAUGUACAGCAUGGACAUGUCCUCUUCAUCUGCUGACAGUGGCAGUGUAGCAUCCAGUGAGCCAACACAGUGCACCAUGGUCUACUCAAGACAAGGGACAACUGAGACCAUUGAGGAGGUAGAAGAUGAACAAGAGGAAGAACACAAGAGUCCAGUUACAAGAACAGAAACUGAGGAUGAAGACUAUAGUGCUGAUCUGGAGGGAACUAGCUAUACACCCGACACAGACCUGCCAUUGUAUGCAGCAGAUGGAGACCUUCCACCAUCCUACAGCAAAGCUGUCAGCUUUGAGCAGCUUUCAUUUACUUCCCAGGAUGAAUUAGCGGAUAAUAAUUUGAUGGUUUUAAGCCCUGAUGACAGCCAUAUGGACAAGCUACAUGAUAGUAUACUUCCACCUCUUACACAUGAAUUAACUGCUAGUGAGCUGCUUCUAAACAAAAUGUUUCAAGAUGAAGAGCUGGAAGAUUCAGAAAACUUUUACUGUGGACAGCCACGCUUGCUGCAGCUAAUUUAUGCACUGUACAACACAUUAGUAGCCAGAUCAGAAAUGGUGUGCUAUUUUGUUAUUAUCCUCAAUCAUAUGAUUUCUGCUUCUAUGAUAACACUGGUGCUACCAAUCCUCAUAUUUCUGUGGGCCAUGCUAUCUGUGCCACGACCCAGCAAACGGUUUUGGAUGACUGCCAUAGUAUACACCGAG